CGGCCCUGCUCCCCUCCCCCGUCCCGCGCCCGCGGCCGCCCGUCGCCACGCUCAGGGCUGGAUGGUUGCGGCGGACAAGGUGGCUCCAGGAUGUUAGGGACUGUGAAGAUGGAAGGGCACGAGAGCAGCGACUGGAACAGCUACUACGCGGACACGCAGGAGGCCUACUCCUCCGUCCCGGUCAGCAACAUGAACUCGAGCCUGGGCUCCAUGAACUCCAUGAACACCUACAUGACCAUGAACACCAUGACCACGAGCGGCAACAUGACGCCGGCUUCCUUUAACAUGUCCUACGCCAACCCGGGCCUGGGGGCCGGCCUGAGUCCCGGUGCGGUGGCCGGCAUGCCCGGAGGCUCCGCGGGCGCCAUGAACAGCAUGACGGCGGCGAGCGUGACGGCCAUGGGGACGGCGCUGAGCCCGGGCGGCAUGGGCGCCAUGGGCGCGCAGCCCGGGGCCUCCAUGAACGGCCUGGGCCCCUACGCAGCCAUGAACCCGUGCAUGAGCCCCAUGGCCUACGCGCCGUCCAACCUGGGCCGCAGCCGCGCGGGCGGCGGGGGCGACGCCAAGACCUUCAAGCGCAGCUACCCACACGCCAAGCCGCCCUACUCCUACAUCUCACUCAUCACCAUGGCCAUCCAGCAGGCGCCCAGCAAGAUGCUGACCCUGAGCGAGAUCUACCAGUGGAUCAUGGACCUCUUCCCCUAUUACCGGCAGAACCAGCAGCGCUGGCAGAACUCCAUCCGCCACUCGCUGUCUUUCAAUGACUGCUUCGUCAAGGUGGCGCGCUCCCCGGACAAGCCGGGCAAGGGCUCCUACUGGACGCUGCACCCGGACUCCGGCAAUAUGUUCGAGAACGGUUGCUACCUGCGCCGUCAGAAGCGCUUCAAGUGUGAGAAGCAGCCCGGGGCCGGCGGCGGGGGCGGGAACGGUGGCAGCGGCUCCAAGGGCGGCCCCGAAGGCCGCAAGGACCCCUCGGGCACCGGGAACCCCAGCGCGGAGUCGCCCCUCCAUCGGGCGGUGCACGCCAAGGCGAACCAGCUAGAGGGCGCGCCGGCCCCCGGCCCCGGGCCCGCUGCCAGCCCCCAGACUCUGGACCACAGCGGGGCCACAGCGACAGGGGGCGCCUCGGAGUUAAAGACUCCAGCCUCUUCCACUGCGCCCCCCAUAAGCUCCGGGCCUGGGGCGCUGGCGUCUGUGCCCCCCUCUCACCCUGCGCAUGGCCUGGCACCCCACGAGUCCCAGAUGCACCUAAAAGGGGACCCCCACUACUCCUUCAACCACCCCUUCUCAAUCAACAACCUCAUGUCCUCUUCGGAGCAGCAGCACAAGCUGGACUUCAAGGCUUACGAGCAGGCAUUGCAGUACUCACCUUACGGCGCCACCUUGCCCGCCAGCUUGCCUCUGGGCAGCGCCUCAGUGGCCACCAGGAACCCCAUCGAGCCCUCAGCCCUGGAGCCGGCCUACUACCAAGGUGUGUAUUCCAGACCCGUCCUAAAUACUUCCUAGCUCCCUGAACUGAAGGUUUGUCUUCAUGACCAUGCUGGUAGCAGGAGAGAGAGAGAGAGAGAAAAAAGAUCAGCAAACAAAACCAUUCAUACCAAACCAACAGCAUAAUAAAAUCCCAACUUUUUUUAUGCACCAAUUUUUCCCAGUGCAAAGGACUGUUACUUUAUUAUUGUAUUCAAAACUCUGUGUAUAUUAUUACAAAGACAACAAUCCUGAACCAUUUUUCCUGCGAAGUUUAAUAAUCCACAAGUGUAUAUAUAUAAUCUUACUCCUUCCAUGUCCCCUUCACUUUUGUCCCUCUUUCCCCUAGAGACCCAUUCUAGUCUGUGCAAGGUUUAUUUAAAAGAAAGAAAAAAAAAAAGAGAAAGAAAGAAAAAGAAAGAAAGAAAGAGUCAAGUUUGUAAAAUAUUUGUGCUUUUUUUCCCCUCCUCCUCACCUGACCCCACUACAUGAGUUUACAGGUCUGUGGCAAUAGUCUUAACCAUAAGAACUGAGACAGUGAAGAUACAAGUAGACACUGGGGGCUCUUCAGAGUACCAAAUGACAGUACUGCAGUUGUGCAGCAAGACAUAAACAGAUUACAAACAUCAGAGCCAUUUGUUUUUUAGCUUACAUUUCUGAUACACUCAGAUGAUGUCUUCAAAUGAAACACACAUGUAUUGUAUAUGGACUUAAUUAUGCUCAGAUAUGUAGACAUCCUCCAUGUAUUUGCAUAAGGUUAGAGGUAUUAGCUAGGUGAUGCACAUGGUACAUUUUCAAGAGUUGCCUGACCCAGAAGUAACAAGCACCACCUCCACCUUGUCCUUUCUGACUACUUAUGGUCCAGGGAAUCUCUUGACAGAAAUUGGCCUCCUCAAGAACUCUGCUCCUUGCUCUGCAGCGUUGCCAUGGUCAUGCCAUUCUGAGGUCACAUAAAGUAGUUUUUGUGUAUGUGUAUCGUUUAAAGGAUUUUUCCCCCAGACAAAAAGAAAUAUCACUUAGCUGGGCCAGAGAGAUACUAUUGAGAGUUGUUUCUCAAAAUCUGGUCCAAAACUCCCAGAUCCUAUUGAUCAUGGCCAUUUUAAUUAUUGCCAAUGGUGUGUGUGUCUCAUCCAGUGUUGCUGCACUUUCCACAUGGUGUUAGUAUAGACAGACAGGUUUCAUUAUUAUUCCUCUUUUGCUUCCUCAAUGUUAAUUUAUUGCAUGGUUUAUUCUUUUCUUUUACAGCUAAAAUUGCUUUAAUGAUGGUUAAUAUUACAAAUUAAAAUGUUAAUUUUUAUCAAUGUGAUUGUAAUUAAAAUAUUUUGAUUUAGAUAACAAAAAUAAUACAAGAUUUUAAACCGUGAAAUAUGUUCUUGAUCAUUUGCAGUUAAGAACUUUAAAUAAAUCAAAUGUUAACAAAAAAGGAUUUCUGUUAUUUUCCUUCACUUAAUUAAAUCCAAAAUGGAUAUUCCGAAUGUAAUGUUUUGUAAGUUAUGGAACUUGAUAUAAAUGACAAACAGGAAAGUAGUUUAAAACAAAACAGCUUUGUCUAUGAUUUAAAUGAACAGGUAGCUAAUAAAAAGCAAUGAAAAAUACUCAAAGUGGAGAGAUAAAUUGACAUUAUUCCAAGAAUUGAAAAUAUAGAACGUUUAUUCUUUGUACUGUUUACUUCAUUUUAGGCAUGGCCUUAAGCCUCCUAUGUUUCUUUUGAAUUUUUCCAUGACAGCAAAUAUUAUUGUCUCUUCUCCCCAAAACACUGUUUUUCCUUUUCUGAGAAGUAUUCAAGUGAAUAAAAUAGCAGAGGUAGCUGAUAAAAUUAAGUUGUCUAUCACAAAGACUCCUGAACCCUCUCUUGUUAAAAGAGAAACGAACCCCAGCCGUGGUGGUAGCUUUGGAGGGAGUGCGGGAGCGGAGUUAAUUCGUGCUUGUAGGGAAGCUGUGUAGCCCCAGGACGUUUCAGAAUAGCUGCUGUUUUGUGACGAUAUUUUUAAAAAAUAUUGUUUCUAAAAACAUUGUUCUACAAACUUAAAGCUGAUGAUUUGUUUGCCUUGUAAGAAGCUUUGAAAGGCAACUGCACUCCCCCAUAGUUGCUUGGGAUCACAAAAUCAUUAAUCUCCUUUGAUAGCAGGCUCACUUUCCAGUCCACCUAUUUCUUUGUAAGUCUUGUUCGGAUUGACAUCAACAAUAACAACACCAGCCCAUGCAGACGCAGACGUUGCCCAGCCUGCGCCCUGUGUAUGAACUCCGUCCUCACCAGGGCUUGAACUUGGACAGCCUUUACUUUGAUCGCACCACUCCACACUGCGGACAAGAUAAAAGGAGCUGUGUGAGUCGCCUAAUUAUCGCGUAAUUGCCUCCCCAGAUGAGAGAAGGAGUGCCAUGUGGCACUUGAGAAAAAUCCAGAAAUCUCCUUCACCUUCUGCUACUGAGAGGAGGAAAGAGAAAUGACUGGUUAGCGUCAUUUCAAAACUUAAUUUGGAGGCCUCGUAAAGUCAUUAAAAAUCCCAAGAGAGGAAAAAGC